UGCAAAGCUAAAAAAUCUCUAUACAACACGCAGCCCAAAACCAUUGUAAUUGCCACUUGCUCUCACUCCAACCGUAUGGCUUCGGCUACUCUCUUAGUAGCCAAUCCUUCCCUUCAGGGAAAUAGUAAGGGAUUAUCGGAAUUCUCGGGCCUCCGCAACUCCUCUGCGUCUCUUAGCUUCACCAGAAAAACCACUGAUGACUUGCUGUCCGUCAUCGCCUUCCAGACCUCUGCGGUUGGUGGUAGAAAUGGUGAGAAGCAGAGAGGAGUGGUGGAGGCGAAAUUGAAGGUAGCAAUCAAUGGAUUCGGGAGGAUAGGGAGGAACUUCCUGAGGUGUUGGCACGGGAGGAAGGAUUCCCCUCUCGACGUGAUCGCCAUCAACGACACCGGCGGUGUGAAGCAAGCGUCUCACCUCCUCAAGUACGACUCCACACUUGGCAUCUUCGACGCCGAUGUCAAGCCCGUUGGCGACGAUGGCAUCUCCGUUGACGGUAAGAUCAUCAAGGUGGUGUCAAACAGGAACCCGGUGAACCUGCCCUGGAAGGAUCUUGGGAUCGACUUGGUUAUAGAAGGGACCGGGGUUUUCGUCGACAGGGACGGCGCUGGCAAGCACAUCCAAGCAGGUGCCAAGAAGGUGCUCAUCACCGCCCCAGGCAAGGGUGACAUCCCCACCUACGUGGUCGGGGUCAACGCCGAUUCCUACAACCCGUCGGAGCCCAUCAUUAGCAACGCCUCUUGCACCACUAACUGCCUUGCACCCUUCGUUAAGGUGCUGGACCAGAAGUUUGGCAUCAUCAAGGGCACCAUGACUACCACCCAUUCCUACACGGGCGACCAGAGGCUCCUGGACGCCAGCCACAGGGACCUGCGCCGUGCCCGCGCUGCCGCCCUCAACAUCGUGCCAACCUCGACUGGAGCUGCCAAGGCCGUCGCCCUGGUGCUCCCCACACUCAAGGGAAAGCUCAACGGAAUAGCGUUGCGUGUGCCUACCCCGAACGUGUCGGUGGUGGACCUGGUGGUUCAGGUGUCGAAGAAGACGUUCGCGGAAGAGGUGAACGCCGGGUUCAGGGACAGCGCAGAGAAGGAGCUGAAGGGCAUACUGUCGGUGUGUGACGAGCCCCUUGUUUCAGUUGACUUCAGGUGCUCCGAUGUGUCGUCGACUGUGGACUCCUCCCUGACCAUGGUGAUGGGCGACGACAUGGUAAAGGUCAUUGCUUGGUACGAUAAUGAAUGGGGUUACUCCCAGAGGGUCGUCGAUUUGGCCGACAUUGUCGCCAACAACUGGAAGUAAUUAGAUUCUUGUUAUAGCUACAGCUCUA